AUGGUACGUCACGUCACUGCGUGCUCAAAUGCGGAAGUAACCUGGGGACUGCAGCUGAAAAUGUUUACAUUCAGUUUAACGCUUGUGCGACAGUAAGUGAUCAUUUUAAGGUCUCUUUUCGCUGUAUUUGUGUUACCACCUCAAACAUGACUGAGCUGAUAACUCGAACUUAUUCCAUGAACAGUUUUUUUGCGUUAGUUUGGUGGUAACGCGAACACUUCUCACUGUACUGUCUGAGUUUACCAAGGACAAGAGACUGAAGUCCAUUUAAACAUGUAACCUUCUGAGUUGGAAUCACAUACAAAGACCGAUUUCUCCUGUAAAAUCGAGUAACAUGGUUGAGCUAAUUCAUUAUUUUCUGCUGUAUUUUCACACAGUGGAGAAACUCAGUACAACAAGGAGAAACUGCUGCAAGGUAAGCAGUCUAUCAGCUCAUUCUGUUCUGUUUGUGUCCUCCUAACAAAACAUGACCGUUAUUUGUGGGUUUAUAGCGUAAGAUUAACAUGUUACAUGUACGAUGAAGAAAAAUCACACCUGAGAUGAUUAAUAGACUUUAUGUUAUAAACACAUAUAGGGGAGAGUGGGGUAAGUUGAGCCACCCUCUGUUGCUUAGAAAUGGUCAAAGAAAUUGAACAUGUGACCAAAUAUUUCGGAGAUGGGCAUCAAUUCAUGGAGUCUGUGAAGGUUAGAAGCGCAUGGGUGAAGGAGUUAGACAUUUAUUUCCAAAAAAACGUUUUUCACUCUUGAAAAUGAAUUUAUUCUGUCAUAUGUUUUAUUACAAUUGUGUUUAGAACAAAAAAGAUCAUAUAAAUUUGUAUCAAUUGUUGUAUCUAUGAGCUACAACACGAGGUCAAAAACUUAGCAUAAAAGUCCACCACUUUAGCUUAGAGGACUAAUAACUGGUUGGGAUACGGCUCAACUUACCCCACUCCUAUGGUCAACUUACCCCAUACACGGGGUAAGUUGACCAUAGAAGACCACUUUUUUUUGGCAUGCUAUAUUAUCAAAACAGUUAUGUUUACACUUAUUCUGUUGGUUUGCAGGGAUGCACAACAUCUUGAAAUAUAUGCAGAUUCACUAGUUAGAGACAAAACUAGGAUUGCAUUCAUGUAGUGAUCCGGAAUAUGAAAAAUUGCUCAUCUUACCCCACUCUCCCCUAUGGACCAUGGUCUUAUAAUGACUCCUUGUCUGUGCUUUUAAGGGCAAGGUGUGGACACAACCUUAUCAGAGGCAGGUGUGCAGCAGGGUAAGGCGGUGGGGCGAUAUCUGAGAGACAUCCCUUUCAACAACGUCUUUGUCAGUAACCUACAAAGAGCUGUACAGGUAAGACUUGAAUUCAUACAUGCUAUAAUGAUAUUAUGUUUGAAUGCAGUUUAAUUAUGACUUUUUACUGCUCAUGUAGGUUGAUGGAAAGACGUAUGAUCUGAACUCUGUCAGAGUUAGGAUGCUGUGUAAAAUGUUGAUAAAAAGAGGAUUGGUUUGCAGAUAAUUUAAUGCCAAUAUUUGAUUAAAAAUGAGCAAAUACAAUAAAUCUAAUGUUGAAGCUGAAAAAUCUAACAUUAUAUUAAAAGAAUUAUAUGCAAAUUUGAUAUCGGGAACAUGUUUCAAAAGAGUUAAGACAGGGAUAACAAAACACAGAAAAAGUUUUGUAAUCCUAGAAAAGCUCUUCCCAACUAACUAAAUUUUCAACAAGGUACUGGUUAAUAUUGCAAGUAAUUUUAGGAUUUCAUCAAAAAUACAAGUCCUAAAGAAUCUAGUGAAUAGGGGCAAAGCUGAUGAUUGAUUUUGGGUACCCAUGAUCUUUUAGCCCUCAGGUGUCACUGCCUUAAAAACACACAACUCACAACGAACUGAAAAACUCUGCAUGUGCUCAAAAUCACAUCCAGAAACCAUUGUCUGUGAACACAGUUUGUCGCUGUAUGUUGAAACUGUGCUAUGCAAGCAUGAUCCUGAAAUGCAGGCAACUCCCCUGGCCCAUUUAAGCUGGACAGAAGGAUGGUAGAAACCCUUUCAAUGGCCUGACAAAUCCAAUUUUGAUCUUUUCUGGAAAUCAUGGAUCCUCUGCUCUAUAGAGUAAUGGUACCACCCACCUUAAUAUCACAGUGAUGAAGGCAGCGUCCACGGGGAUGCAUAAAUGCCCAUGACAUGGCUAGCUUGCACUUCUGGAAAGGCUCCAUUUAUGUUAAUCAAUUUGAGAAACAUAUGCUGCCAUCCAGACAACAAGAAGGGAAUAAUGUGCAAAAACACAUUCUGAGUGUAUUACAACAGCAUGACUCCAUUGUGCUGGAGUGUGGGUGCUGAACUGGCCUGCCCUCAGGUCCUACUUGUCAUCUAUUGGAAACAUUUGGUUCAUUAUGACUAAGAAGAUACAACAAAGUAGACACCUAACUGUUGAGCAGCUGAAAUCCUCUGUUAAGAACUCCAGAAACUGGUCUCCUUGGUACCCAAACAUUUACAGAGAAAUGUUAAAAGAAGAGGUGAUGCAACACAGCGCUAAACAUGUCCCAACUGAUUUCAAAUGGCUGGUAUCAAAUGUAUUCAAUCCAAUCCGCUUUAUUUAUAUAGCACAUUUUAAAAACAAUCAAGUCUACCAAAGUGCUGCACAAUAAAAUUAAAAGAACAGACAAUGCUGAAAACAUCAAAAUUAAAUAAAUAAAAGCAGGUAAACAACAUUUAAAAUGAAAUGAAAUAAAAACACAAAAGCAUAAAAGAAAUAAAGGUGAUAAAACGACCGUAAUAGACAGAAAAGGACAGAGAUCACACAACUCUCAUGCUAAGCUAAAAGCCAAGGAAUAAAAAUGAGUUUUAAGACGUGAUUUCAAAGUAGAAAGAGUCAGGGAUGUUUUAAUCUCGGGUGGCAAUUCAUUCCACAAUUUGGGAGCCACAGCCGAGAAAGCUCGGUCGCCACAGGUUUUUAAAUGAGUUUUUGGUACCACGAGUUGGAGCUGAUCAGCAGACCUCAAGGAACGUGUGGGGGUAUAAACAUUUAAGAGGUCAGUAAUAUACUGUGGUGCUGAUCCAUUUAAAGAUUUAAAAACCUGAUCAACUCCAAUGUAAAGAGCGUUACAGUUGUCCAACUGUGUGGAUAUAAAAGCAUGAAUUACUCGCUCAAAAUCAUUAAAAGAUAAAACCGGUUUAAUCUUGGAUAAAAGCCUCAGAUGAUAAAAACUAUAUUAAACAGAAGAGUUGAUUUGUUGAUCCAAUUUAAAAUCAUUGUCAACCUAAACACCAAGAUUUAAAACUGUGGGUUCAAAAUAAGGUAAAAGAGGAUCCAGCUCCCUGAGAGGUGCCUCCUGGGCCCCACAGGAGCAUAUCAAAUUUACAAUGAGCAUAUAUUUUUUCUGUAAAACAGAAAGUUGUUAAGCUUCAACAUUUGGUUUGUUGUCUUUGCACUAUUUUCAGUGGAAUAAUGGCUUUUUUUAUUGAGUCAUUCUGGAUGGUGGAGGACUUGUUCUCAGCAAGUUCCGUUUUCUAAUUUUCUCUCGAUUGUGAGGAAAGAAAAAAGGGAAAAACAGGAUACAGCUCUGAAAUAUUUUUGUGAGCACUCAUGUCUCUGUGGUCUUUGACUCACUGUUGCUGAUGAUGUAUUAAUUUUAGUUUCACCAUGACAGAUUUUUUUUGUGCUGACAAAUGUUUUGAGUCAGUAAUUUCCAGCGUUGAUUUCCUCUGUUAGACAGCUGAGCUCAUCCUGAAGAACAACACUUACUGCUCUGGCACGGAGAUGGUUCUGGAGCCGUUUCUCAGAGAGAGGGUAAGAUCUGUGGCCUUCAUGAGUCUUCAUAAUUCAACAUAGAGCAUAGGAGUUAGUUUUGUGAGCUCUUAAUUGUGAUUCUUCUGUUAACACAGGGGUUUGGUGUUUGUGAAGGACACCCCAAAGAGCAUAUGAAGAACAUGGCAAACGCUGCUGGCCAGUCAUGUCGGGACUUCACACCGCCAGGGGGAGAGACUUUAGACCAGGUGAGUCAGUCAGUUUGAAUCGACUAGUUGUAAAACUCAAGGUCAGAAGAAUUACGCUUGUGCAACAGCACCACCCAGUGCUCAUUUAAUGUUUUGCACCCAACAUGGCGUCACUGUGCAGAUUUUUAUGUUGCAUGGAAAAAAAUGUGUAUCACCCUGAAGCUUACUGAUGCACAGGGAGAGAAUUUGGUUGUUGGAUUGUUAUUUCAAGUUAAACAUUCAAUGAAAUUUACUUUAUAGACUUGACCAGUCCUCUCAAAAGCAUGAACAGGACUUUCCAAUACCUCAUCUGAAGAGAAAAAAAACUAUUGGUGGCAUUUUUGCCUGAACUGUCACCAAAAACGUUUAAUUCAAAAUACAAAAUUUCAAAGGAUAAAAUAAGAAACGAAGUACACAAAGAAAGCAACAUGUUUUUAACUGUUAGUCAUUAGCUAACAGUCUGUUUGAGCCAUAAGACCUGCUUGGAUUUCAGAUAUUCUUCAAGUUUGAACCUUCAGCUCUUAGCUCUGGUUCACUGUCACUUUACUUCCAGGUAAGGCUGCGAUUCAAAAAGUUCCUUAAAGCCCUUUUCAAAAAAAUGCUUGAUGAGCACGGCUGCUCAGAAGCACCAGAAGCUUCUAAUGGGCCCUCAGCCUCUUCUUCUGCUGCUGCCGCCUCGGAUGCUGCUCCUGUUGGUUCAGCUGACGACGGUCUCCAGGGGGUGUCCAUCCAUGUGUUGGUGGUGAGUCACGGGGCUUACAUCCGUAUCGCCAGUAGGCAUCUCGUGGAGGACUUGAACAGCUCUCUGCCUGCUGGAGUGAAGAUUUCCCAGCUUUUUGCACCCUGUCCAAACACAGGGGUCAGCCGCUAUAUUCUCACUUUGAGCAGGUCUGAGUCUGGUUCUCCUGUUCUCUCUGCUGCUCGCUGCAUCUUCACAAACCGGAAGAGUCACCUGGAUGACCUCACGGCUGCUGAAUGAUAUAGAGGGGAAGAAAAAAUAACGGGAACUGGGAGUAUGCGUGCCAUCUUUGACGGGAACAGUCAUGAACUAUAAACAGAAAACAAGGUUUAAAGACCUCAGAGUUACCACAGCUAACUUCAUACAUCAACACACAGGGUAAAUUGUGUUGUCUCAACAAUCGAAAGUGUUUGAAUGUGCGUCAAAACUCAAAAUACUUGUGCAGUACUCUACAGACACUCCGUAUCUUCAAACUGGGGGCCAGGUAAGACUUGUGUCACAGAAUAUUUUUAAUGUUGUUCCUUUGAUUGCCUUUUUUUCAUGUUAUACCAAAGUCAGAACUAUUUAAUUUAUUUCUGAGCACUGUCAGUAAGUGUGGAAUUUUCACCUUGAUGUAUUUUUAUUUUAUUUGUGCACUACAACAUGACAACACUGAAUAUUUGUUGAGUUUCGUGUGUAUUUAUAGACAAUACAGGGUUGCACAUAUGAAAAAAAACAACAAAAGACAUUUAUGACAUCCGUCUCAGUAUCUGCUGUUUGGUGCUACAUAUUCAUGUGUGUUUGUUUCAGGCAUUUAAGUGUGCAAUCUGAGGUUUUUUAUUUUCAUCUAUUUUUAGUUUUGUUCCCUGCUGAAUGACCAUCACAGCCUCAAUAAUUCAAAAACAAUACAAUCUGCAAGGUGUAAACCUAAAAAUAGCACAAAGGCAUUUCAUUUUUUUCGCAACAGAACAAAUCAUAAAAGGGAUAAAUGUAGAAUUUCUCUCAGUAAUACUGAGUCUCAAAGCAAACGUGCAUUUGUAAAAUGAUUUGAAGUCAUUGUACUGUCUAUUUUGACCUCCUUAUAGGAACAUAGAUGGAGUGUUUGUCAUAUUCCGUUGUGUGCUGCUUAUUUGACUUGUGCAAUAUAACAUGACAACAAUGA